AGGCUAAUUCAAGGCAAGUGCCCUCGCUGGGAGAACCGCGCUGACGUGUCAUUCUACGUCAGACGCAAUGCUGAGCGAGGCAGCCUGUCGUCCCUCGACCUCCAGUCUACUCGCGCCUUACCCAGUCAAUUCACGCGGAGGUUUUCCCGUCAAAAGCGCGCUCCAAGGGACAGACCGCAACGGUCACAUCGCUUCACCGGCCCUUCACACGUCUUCGGGGCCCCGCUGCAGCGUUUUUCGGCCAAUUCGCUUUAGUCACAUCCGUAGUAGUGAAAUUCGGCAGGCACAUCCAGCCUCCGACGGAAAUGAGGGCGUGAACGCAGCGGGAAACGCGGCGAGGAACGCGGCGAGGAGUGCGGCGGGAAGUGCGGCAGAUUAUGUUGACCGUCAUCAGGAGGCCGAGCGAUUGCAAGAGCAAAAAACGGACACAAAACUGGUGUCCGCGUUAGAGUGGGAUGUCGUAUUGUCACAGCAGGGGUCGCGGAAGUGUGUGGUUGGAUUGCUGCUCUUCCUCGCACUCUCCUCACCACCCUACGCCCCUCUCCCCCUAGUUUCGAUACAAGCCUCGUCGUUUUCGGGACUAGGUACACUUGUCGCACCACCAACAGCAGCAGCAGCAGCAACAGCAGCGGAAGAAAGCGCGCCAACAGCAGCGCCUGACCUCUCCGCCACUCCCCCCGCGCGCAGAUCCGCCUCUCCGCGCGUGGUGCUCCCCCCGCCCCCGUACCUGCGCCCGGGGGAGGUGGCAGCGGAGCGCGCAGCGUUUGAGGGGCGUGUGGAUAGAGCAGUGCGCGCGCUGGAGGAGGGGCGGAGGGCGCAGGGGGAAGGCAGAUGGGCGGACGCGCUAGCGCUCUACACGGAGGUGCAGGAAAGCUACCCUGACCUGGCCCUGUCAGUGUACGGUAAAGUGGGGCGCGCUCUUAUGGAGUAUGAAGUGGGCGAUGUCCGCACGGCGAUUACCCGGUUACGCGUGCUCAGCGUGGAGUUCAAGGGCUACCCUGAGGUGCAUGCAGCACUAGCAGCAGCACUUUACGUGGAGGGAGGGGCGGCAGCAGCGGAGCGGCAGUUCACCGUCGCCACGCUUCUAGACCAGCGCUACUCCGACCUCGCAUGGCUGGCGGCAGAGAGACACUGGCCGCCCACCCUGCUGCUGCACAUGAAACGCUUCCUGCUGCUUCAAUGACACUGUUUGGUGUGUGUGGAGCCUCACGUUGAAUCUGCUUCUGGGUCAACUCAAAAGCAGACCCGUUCCUGCUGCUUCGAUGUCACCGUGCUGUGGAGCCUCACGUUGAAGCUCCGAUCCGAUACCCCUGGGAGCGACGCUCUGAUCUGAAGCCUGGGUUCGACGACGCAGCCCCGCGUGAUGUGUUGCUUGCUGCACCGGGGUCCGGGUCCGGGGCUUGCCCCUGGAGCAGGAUGGAACGGAUGGAGUGGAGAGGCGGUGCAGUGCAGUGCAGGAAUUUACCAGUAGGUAGGUGGUGUGGUGUAGUGUGGCAUGUACGGUAGUGUGGAGAUCCGAUGCUGUCAGGCCUGUUUCGAUGUGUUCUGCUUUUUAGAACUCUGUUUCCACGUAAGACAGUUCUCUCUUGGCUUGAGAGCCAUACGGAUCCCCCUGUAACUGCUUGAGAGUGCAAUGCACUGAAGUAA